UGCGGGGCACGCUGGGGCAUGUAGUUCUUCACCGGCGGGAGGCGCCCUGGCGGUCGGGAAAGCUAGUCUCGGAGAACUACAGUACCCUGGGGGCGACCUCGCCCGCCCCUUCGCAGUGCAUUCUGGGGAGUGUGGUUUGCAGUGUCGCUGAAGCUCUCGACGGGCGGACGUCUCUCCCGAGAAACUACCAACCUGGAAGGAAGCGUCUGUUUAGUUUCAUCAGGCCGAGACUGGGGAAGAAACUGUUUAACGGACUCUUCGCAACCGUAGUUCUCUGGAGGGGCCUCGCUGCUGCCAGGCUGCUUUUCCUGAACAUACUGCAAGCACAUGGAGGUAGUCGGAGGGCCCUAGCAAUGGAUAAAUUCGUCAUUCGAACGCCUAGACUCCAGAGUAGUCCUCAGAAGAAAGGUCCUGGAGGCAAGAUUUACAAGCAGGCCACAAUCGAAUCUCUGAAGAGAGUUGUGGUUGUAGAAGACAUAAAAAGAUGGAAAACUAUGUUGGAGCUUCCUAAUCAAACCAAAGAGAAUCUAGUUGAAACCUUACGAGAAUUAAAGAAGAAAAUACCCUCCAAGGAAGUGUUAAAAUCAACAAGGAUAGGUCACACGGUGAAUAAGAUGCGUCAACACUCAGAUUCAGAAGUGGCUUGUCUUGCCAAAGAAGUUUACACUGAGUGGAGAACUUUCAUUGAGAAACAUGCAGAUAGACCUUCUAUUGAAGUCCGAAGUGAUUCCAAAACCGAGGCACUUAGGAAAAACGCCCAGAAAUUACUCUCAGAAGCCUUGGAAUUAGAGAUGGAUCACCUACUGGUUGAAAAUAUUGAGCGGGAAACGUUUCAUCUCUGCUCCCGCCUCAUUAAUGGGCCCUACCGGCGGACGGUGAGAGCCCUGGUCUUCACAUUAAAGCACCAAGCUGAAAUCCGGGCUCAGGUGAAGAACGGCUCGCUGCCAGUCGGCACGUUUGUACAGACCCACAAAAAAUGACCUGAGGACGGUUCUAACCCUGGGCUGGGCAGAAAAGAAAAUGUGUCCCUUUCUGCCAUUCAAAGACUCUUUUGAGUUUGGGUGAUGGCUGAUGCUGGCUGCGCUAAAUUUUCCCAUGGUGCCAUUCCUUCAGACAGAGGCUGCAGGGAGCCCUGGGAGACAGGCUGCAGGAAAUGCUUCAUUAGCUGUAGUGCGCUGGUGCAGCCUAACAGGACGUGCACAGGCUGUCCCUAGGAAGCGCUGUGUGGUUGCCAUCACCCAACACAGCAAAGGGUGACGGAUUUUGGAUUUCGCUGUGAGUAUGCCAAGGACACCGCUAAACUUCCCCCACGUCAGGCAGAUGAAGUUACUACUUUAUUUCGCCACCCUGCAGGUAACUGAAACUCAAUUACUGCUGCCGCUCACACAGUUCCAUCCCCCUGAGUUUAGAUGGCUCUGGUGCCUGUCAGAACUCCCCUUUCUGUUCUCUUUGCUCUACCCCAGGGGUGAGCCUGCCCGAGCCAGCCAACUACCCCUUCUUUCCAGAGCUCACUUAUCUGAAUGCGGCAGCUCCCCCUGGAAGACCUUCCGUGUUGGUCUCCGGAGCCCCCAUGCUGAGGCUCCUAAUGAAGAACUGGCCUGCAGCAUCCCCACACUCGGGCUUAUUUGAAUAUGUGACACUCUCAUCUUAAGGUUCUGUAGAAGAUACAUAAUGAAAUUCCUCUUGAAAUGAAUUACUGUAGUGAAAAAAUUCCAUACAUAUAUUUUUAAAAUAAAAUACCUCUACAUAGGCCUAUUGGAACAAUUAUGUAAAUGUAUUUGCUUUUUUAUAAGUAAUAAUAAACUGGGACUUUCCCCCCGCCUAAAACAAAA